CAUUUGAGUUGUGGGAAGAAGUUGAACGAAUUCCAUGCACUGCUCAUGUACUUCAAUUAACUAUAAAUAAAGCACUUGGAUCAAUCAAACCAUAUGUCAAAAGAUUUAAAAAAUUGGUUAAAUUUUUCACAUCAUCUCCAAAACAAACUGAAAGGUUAAAUAAUGCCCAAUUAGAAAUUUCUGUAUGUGGUGGUCAUCAAUGA